UAAGAAAAGGUCCAUAUAUGAUUACACUGAAAAAAGAAGGAGCGCGCACGUUAGUCCAUGAUGGCGCACAAGAACUUCAGUGUCACCCCAAAAUCUCAAUAAAUCUUUGUUAUGAUCCUCUGUUUUUUAUAUAUAUUCAAACACACCCCAAAUCACAUCUACCCUUUUUUACAAAAACUCUCUCUCUCUCUCCUCUGUUUUCACUCUGUUUUAAUUAAUAUAGUUGUAACUAAAAUCAGCAAGCAAGAAGCACCCAAUUAAUCCAACUGUAGCAAUUAAUGUUUGUAAAAAGAAUGAAAUUGAUUGGGGAACUGAAGAACCCAUCUCUUUAAAGAUUGUGAUUGUUAUUGAUUAUAAAGAUGGAUACCAGAGUGAAGAAGAAUUUAAGCGCCAUGAAAACUUCAUUCAGACAUCCAAAGAUUGGGUUGCAAAUGGAAAUGGAGGCUGAGAAAACAAGCACUAGCACUAGCACUUGCAGAAGAGGAUCAGUGAGAGAGAGAAAAAUGGCAUUGCAACAAGAUGUGGAUAAGCUAAGGAAGAGGCUUCGACACGAAGAGAAUGUUCAUCGCGCUUUAGAACGUGCGUUCACUAGACCGUUAGGAGCUCUUCCGCGCUUGCCUCCAUAUCUCCCUCCUUCUACAUUGGAGCUUCUAGCAGAAGUUGCUGUUUUGGAAGAAGAAGUUGUUAGGCUUGAAGAACAAGUGGUGCAUUUUAGGCAAGACCUAUAUCAUGAAGCAGUCUACAUAUCAUCCUCAAAAAGAAAUCUUGAAAAUUCACUUGAUUUUCAAGAACAAACAAAUGGCCAACACAAAGCUUCCAAGUUAUCACCUCAAAUCGAGACCGAAUCAUCAACACCUAUUGAAAUAUCACCCAUUGCUUCAGCAAAAGAGAAUCAGUCAUCAAAUGCCACUAAGAACAAGCAUCGUUCGCCAAAUCCAAAAGCGCAAACCAUUGAUUCGUUAGCUAGAAGACCGCCGGUUGAUUCGAAGUCACCAGGGAAGCAUUUAGGUCCUAAAAAGUUACAGUUUGAAGGAAGAACAAUGGAGGUUGCAAAUGUGGAUGAUGAUCCAAACAAGAUUUCCGAAAGUAUUUUGAAAUGUUUGAUGAACAUUUUCGUACGAAUGAGUUCAACAAGGAGUAAAAGUAUGACGGAAAUGCCAACUUCAUUGACAAAAAGUGAAAGCGACAAAGAAACCGAGUUUAGGGAUCCUUAUGACAUCUGUUUCGAAUUUGAGAAAAGAGACAUCGGCCCGUAUAAGAAUUUUUAUGCCAUUGAAGCGACCUCUAUCAACAAAAACCGAACAACAAAUUCUGUGUUUUUGAUACAAAGAUUAAAGCUCCUGCUUGGAAAACUUGCAUCGGUCGAAUUAACGAGCCUAAGUCAUCAAGAGAAGCUUGCUUUCUGGAUCAACAUUUACAAUUCAUGCAUGAUGAAUGCAUUUCUUGAACAUGGGAUACCAGAAAAUCCAGAGAUGGUUGUUCAACUAAUGCAGAAGGCAAAAAUAAAUGUUGGAGGCUAUUAUUUAAACUCAAUCACCAUUGAACAUUUCAUAUUGAGACUCCCUUAUCAUUCAAAAUAUACUUUUGCAAAGGGUGUAAAGAAUGAUGAGAUAACUGCAAGAAGCGUAUUCGGGUUGGAAUUAUCAGAACCGUUAGUAACAUUUGCUCUCUCAUGUGGAAGCUGGUCCUCUCCUGCUGUGAGAAUCUACACGGGAUCUCAAGUCGAAACCGAGCUUGAAGCCGCGAAAAAAGAUUAUUUACAAGCUGCAAUCGCGAUAUCAACUACAAAGAAAAUGGUGGCGAUUCCGAAACUAUUGGAUUGGUAUAUGCUUGAUUUUGCUAAAGAUAUGGACUCAUUGUUGGAUUGGGUAUGCCUUCAAUUACCAAAUGAAAUUGGCAAAGAAGCAAUGAAGUGCCUUGAGAGAAAUAAAAGCGUACCGCUUUCACAUUGUCUUCGGGUAAUCCCUUACGAGUUUCGUUUUAGGUAUCUUCUGCACAAAUAAAAUCUUUUUUUUUCGCGGGUCUCAUUCAAAGAUUCUUGAGUUAUAGAUUUGUAGACAAAUUAUUAUACAUAAUGGAAGUAGAUAUAUAAUCAACUCAACCCAUUGUAAGUAUUAUUCAUUAAGUUGGUAUAUUAUUUAUAUCUAUAUAGAUUUUUAUUUUUGCU